CUUAAAACUUUUUUUCUGAAUUUUUUUGGUCAACUGCGACUAGUUGACGUCUGGCAGUUAAUCGAAAAAGUCAUCGGAAAAGAAGAAAAUCUCGUAGCGGAAUAAUGCGUUUCCUUCUCGUGCUGGCGGUGUUCUCGGCAUUUUUGGCCACUGCCUGGUCCAUAAAAUGCUACCAAUGUGACUCGAUGACCCAGCCCCAGUGCAAUGAAUACUUUUCGCCCAAAGGAAUUGAGCAAAGUGAAUGCGAUGACGACGAUAUGCCAGCAUAUUUGACGAAAUAUGGUCAGCGUUUUGAGGCUACAGGUUGUUUGACGAAAAUACAUGAAGGAAUCGAAGGCCAUCGUUACUUCAUACGUCGCGCUUGCUAUUUCGGCGAUUUGGAGAAUACCCGCGAGGCAUGUGAAACCGAUGAUCCCUAUUUACCUUAUGCCGAUCUGAUCGAUUGUGAAGUGUGCAGCGAGGAUCUGUGCAACACCGAUGUGGGACAGCAGAGCAAGCCUACGUGGUAUACAAUUGCAGCUUUUGUAAUUGCUUUGAUUUUUGCCCGUAUGUGGUGAAGAUAAAAUGAAAUCGAAAGCAGUUUCUUGUAGUAUUUUUUACGUUUAUAUUUUUAAUAAAAAUAUAUAUAGUCCCACACUUAA